CAAAGCCCACACUAGCACAGUGAUACUCCCAGCAGACCGACCAUCUCGCAGCACGAUCACGCCAAAUCACCACCGAAUACUUCUCCACCCGAUCACACAACUGCAAAGAUGGAUUCCGCAAAGGUCCCAGUCAAGCUCGUCAAGGUCACCCGUGUCCUCGGCCGUACCGGCUCUCGUGGUGGUGUGACCCAGGUCCGCGUCGAGUUCAUGGACGAUACCACCCGUAGCAUCAUCCGCAACGUCAAGGGCCCAGUCCGUGAGGACGACAUCCUCUGCCUCCUCGAAUCUGAGCGUGAGGCCCGCAGACUGAGAUAAGCGCGGAAAAAUGGACGAAAGGGUUGCGAAGUUGGAACGAAGCCUGGAGAUGGGGACGAUGGCUGUCAUGAAUUGAGGACACUUUCAGCGGGUAGCGGCAGCACCUGGCGUUAUGGCUUUGGCAUCGGCAUGUAUGCAGUGACUGAGUUCACUGAAAGCGAAAGUCUUCAGAAAUGCGACGCGAAUCGCGCAAUUUACACCAGCUUCGGACUCUGAGUCCAAAUCAAAAGGAACGAUUCCCACGUAUCCAUGUGCUAUUUGGGGUUGGAUGGGAUCUAUGAGACAAGA